AUGAGCUCGGACUCUUCCCUCGCUGCGGAGAUGUCUUUCCUGUCAGAUGGAGAUUCAUCCUCAUCUGAUCCAUGUAGUGAAGAUCAAAAUGCAAGCCAGCAGAGGAGAGAGCUAGUAGAGGGCCAGAGUUUUAUUAUUGGGGUACUAAGUACACGUGUGGAGCAAAGGGCUUAUAACCUUCGCCCUCGGAAGGAUGAUUCAGUUACCAUUCAAAGGAGAUCAGAAUUUGCGAGAUUGAGGCGGGAGCAGCAGAAUCAGAGAAGAAAUAAGCGCAAGGAAGCAGAAACUUUGCGUCAGGAAGAGAUAAGUGCUUAUGAGCAAUUUGCCCGCAACAAACUCUGGAAGAAUCUGGAAGAACUGCCUGAAACUAGUGAUAAUGAUUCGGAAGAUAUAACUGAGGUAGUAGCUGGUGAUACAAGUGAAAAAAUGGGCAUGGGAGAAUGGCGCCCAUAUUUUGAAGCCUCGGAUACUGGGCUUUUCAAAACUACACUGAAGGGUGCUAAUUGGGAAGUUGAGAGGUUGGCUUUGCAGGCUGGUGCUUCUGUGGUUGGGCUCCAAUCUUUUACAGGAGACAAGUACCUUUUUUCUUGCUCUGGUACCAUUGUUGAUUUUUUCGAAGAGAGUAGCAUGAUUGUGACAGUUGCAAAUUUGGUUAAAAGUCCAGAUGCUGUUGAAGUAGCUGACAAUCUGAAGAUAUCUGUAUAUUUGCUGCAAGAUUAUAAAACUUUGAAAGGCCACCUGUCCUAUCAUGAUUUUUAUCACAACAUCUGUGUGAUUCAGAUUCAGUCUCCUUUCCAUCUGCCAGAAAAAAGAUUUAGUUCAAAUAUGGAGGCGAUCAACUUUGACAAGAUCUAUUCAAGAGAUGUGGUUACAUUGGGUCGUGACAAAGAGGCUCGUGACUUACUGGUUACUACAGGAAAGAUUGUUCCAAAAAGUAGCAAGUUUGACUGUGACGAACUUUUAGUAUCAACGUGCAGGAUUUCAAGGGUAGAAGUUGGGGGUCCGCUGAUGGACUUCGAAGGAAAUUUCAUUGGGAUGAACUAUUAUCACGCUAAGGAAACUCCUUUUGUUCCAAGUUUCAUUGUGUUGAAGUGUUUGCAGCAGUUCAAAUUAUUCCGUACUGUUGUAAGACCAUGGCAUGGGCUGCGAGUUAGAACUCUUCAUGCAGAAGGAUCUAUUGCACAUGAAAAGAUGCAAACGAACUUCCAUGGGGCCCCUGGUGUUGUUAUUGAGAAGAUUGAAGAACAUUCUUCUGCCAAAGCAUCUGGUUUGAAUGAAGGGGAUAUCAUCAAUCAAGUCAAUGGUGUUUAUAUCUCUAAUGCAGCAGAGCUUGGUGGCAUACUGCUGGAUAUAGGUACUACUUAUCUCAUGGACAACCCGAGCUCUGACCUUGCAGACUCCAACAAGAUGGCAAUAUGCAUUAAGGUUCGGUCUAUUGAAUAG